AUGUCAGCAUCCUCACUGAGAACACCAACAACAACAACAACUGUUCCUCCAACUACACCUGGCUACACCAGUACUUCCACAACAGAAGAAACCACUUCAACAACAGUAUACACCACGACAGCACCGUCAACGUCCAGCUCCACACCUGAACAAACCUCCACAACAAUCUCACCAACAACGACUGGCUCAACCACUGGCUCCACAACUGAAACCACAACAACAUCAGUGAUGACCACCACAGCCAGUUCUACUGUCAGCUCCACAACUGGAAAAUUAACUACUACAACAGGGACAAGUCCGACAACUGAGACGACUAGCAGCUCCACAGCCAGAACAACAACAACUGUUCCUCCAACUACACCUGGCUACACCAGUACUUCCACAACAGCAAUAACUACAACUGUUCCUCCAACUACACCUGGCUACACCAGUACUUCCACACCAGAAGAAACCACUUCAAUAACAGUAUACACCACGACAGCACCGUCAACGUCCAGCUCCACACCUGAAAAGACCUCCACAACAGUCUCACCAAUAAUUACUGGCUCAACCACUGGCUCCACAACUG